UCCAGCGCGGGUCAGGGUCAGAGGUCGGGCGCCCGGUUUUUUGUGCAGGGCGAGGGGGUUGAGGGUCGGCCUGGGCACUGCCCUCACGCUCUCUCUAACCUGCAGCUCGGGCCUGGUCCAGGCCUCUCCUCCGCUCCUGCCGCCGCCGAACCCGCGGCCCGGGUCCGCCCGCAGCCAGGGCUCAGGCUAGCUGCCUUCGCUGGGCGCCCUGUCCUGGAGCCAUGGGGCCCACCUAGCCUGUGCCUACCCGGAUGUCCCGGCCCGGGGACUGCUAAUCUCGGCUGCAGGGGGAGCCCCCCCCACGCCCCCUUGCCAGCCUCAGCAGCCAGAGACCCUGGGUGAGCCCCUGGGCCAGACCUUCAGCCCAGGGCAGCCCCCCACACUCCCCUGCCCCCGCCUCCCUCCCCCUCCUCCGCCCCUUCCUCCUCCUCCUAGGACUGGACCCGAGAAGCCGCUGUGGCCACUGGGGGGGGCCCUGCCCCCCCAGCUCUCACCGGCCGCCCCCAGGAGUCCACGGGGCGGCCAGAGGCCUCACCAGGCCUGGCAGGACCAGGAUGCUGCCCCCUCUCCUCACCCCCGGCCCCACCCAAUGCCCCCACCCACCCAAACACCCAGUCUGACUGGAGACAGCCGGAUGCCGGCUGACCCUGGGCCCGAGGCGGGCAGUGGCUGGCCAGGCCUCCUCAUGUCCUGCCUGAAGGGCCCCCAUGUCAUCCUCAAAAUGGAGGCCAUGAAGAUUGUCCACCCGGAGAAGUUCCCUGAGCUGCAGGCGGCCACCCCCUGCUUCCCACCUGCACCCCGGCCCACCCCCGCUCUGGCACCUAAGCGCGCCUGGCCCUCAGACACAGAGAUCAUCGUCAACCAGGCAUGUGGGGGGGACAUGCCUGCCUUGGAAGGGGCGCCCCGCACCCCACCCCUGCCCCGUCGGCCCCGCAAGGGCAGCGCAGAGCUGGGCUUCCCCCGCGUGGCGCCAGCAGACGAGGUCAUCGUGAAUCAGUACGUGAUUAGGCCUGGCCCUGCCGCCUCUGGGGCCCCCACCGCAGCAGCACCAGCUGCGGGUGAGCCCCUGGAGUGCCCCACCUGCGGGCACACAUACAACGUCACCCAGCGGCGGCCCCGCGUGCUGUCCUGCCUGCACUCUGUGUGUGAGCAGUGCCUGCAGAUCCUCUACGAGUCCUGCCCCAAGUACAAGUUCAUCUCCUGCCCCACCUGCCGCCGCGAGACUGUGCUCUUCACUGACUACGGCCUGGCUGCGCUGGCUGUCAACACGUCCAUCUUGAGCCGCCUGCCACCCGAGGCGCUGACUGCCCCAUCCGGGGGUCAGUGGGGGGGUGAGCCUGAGGGCAGCUGCUACCAGACCUUCCGGCAGUACUGUGGGGCCGCAUGCACCUGCCACGUGCGGAACCCGCUGUCCGCCUGCUCCAUCAUGUAGCACCCGCCCACCGCCUGCCACCGCCUGCCCGUUCUCACUCACCGCUUCGUCAGGGACCCGGCCCUGCCCUGUCGCCCGCUGACCCCUCGCCCACCACAGCUUUUGGCCCCUACCCGUGUGGCAUUGUCGCUGCAGCCAACUUUGCCAUUAAAACUCUUUGCCAAAGUUUGCACCU